UGAAAUAAAACGGCACGUUGUUUAGAUUUUCCCCAUGGAUAUAGAAUGUGGAUAGGGGUGAUGAAACUCACACAAACACCAGCUUAAAACCUUCCUCUUCUUCUUCUCCGUGUGACCUCAGUUUUCAAUGACGGUGAAGAUAAGGCUCGCGCGUUUCGGUUGCAAACACCGACCCUUCUAUCGUGUAGUCGCCGCGGAUGACAAAUCGAGGAGGGACGGCAAACAAAUCGAGGUGUUAGGGUUUUAUGAUCCACUCCAAGGGAAGGAGGAUGCGAACAGAGUGAGCCUCAAAUUCGACAGAAUCAAGUACUGGUUAUCUGUUGGGGCUCAACCAACGGACUCGGUCGAAAACAUGCUUUUCAGGGCCGGUUUGAUUCCUCCAAAGUCUAUGGUUGUCAGAGGUUCCAAGAACGGACAGCAGUCCACGAACCAACAUGUUUCACCCAUUACAGGUGAGAUCUUGAACUAAGGAGUGUGGGUGUUAUGAGCAAAGAGCUAAGCUUUGUGUGUCUAUGUCAAAGAGUUUUAUGUUAUGUUUGUUUUUUUUUUUUGUAUUCUGGACAAAGAAGUUUGGUGAAAUUUUCAUUAUGGGUUUGUAGCAUACUAUGAUCAAUUGGGCUUUGGUAAUAUAAGCCCAUAUUUUUCUUAAAUUGGAUAUAAUCCCAUAAUAGAAAAUAUUAUUUUGAUUUUGGAAAAAUGUUCAAGUCUUGCCAAAUGAGAAAAGGAUGUUUA